CGUCAUUGUCUUCCGGGUCUUUGGCGCGCUGUCGCCUCCUGCUGGAACAACAACAAAAACAACACGGAUCUCAGCCUUCCACACGUUUACCGACUGAUCAACCGUCUGAUAAAUAUUCACACACAACUCUGUGAUGUCUCAGUAGUGCUGGCUAGGUAAUGCGAUGGUCUCUGCGGUCCGGCCUGAGCUCCAGGUGCUUCGAUCUCGCUCCCUCAGCCGCUGGAAACGCCCCGCUGCCGCCCGGGCAGUACAUUCUCACCCGGCUUCCUCCACAUAAACAGACAAGAUUGCAAAGAUCUGCCCCACAUCGAGCAUGACUGCCACCACCCGCAGCUCGCCCGUGGGGGGCAACGAGAGCCAGAGUCAAGCGCCGGACGGCCAGAACCAGACCCAGACUCUGCUGCCCCAGAACCAGGCGCCCUCAACUAACUCCUCCAAUGAGACGUCACCCAUCAGUCCGCCAGAGGAACCGGGGCAGGGAGAAGCCCCGCCCCCACAGGAAGAGGAGGAGCCUGCCUUCCCCCACCCUGACCUGGCCAAGCUGGACGACAUGAUCAACCGGCCGCGCUGGGUGGUUCCGGUCCUGCCCAAAGGAGAGCUGGAGGUCCUGCUGGAGGCUGCUAUAGAUCUCAGUAAAAAAGGGCUCGACGUGAGGUGUGAGGCGUGUCAGAGGUUUUUCCGCGAUGGCCUGACGAUCUCGUUCACCAAAAUCCUGACAGAUGAGGCUGUGAGCGGCUGGAAGUUUGAAAUCCAUAGGUGCAUCAUCAGUAACACCCACCGUCUGAUCGAGCUCUGCGUGGUCAAGCUGGCUCAGGAUUGGUUCCCUCUGCUUGAACUGCUGGCCAUGGCGACUAACCCGCACUGCAAGUUCCACAUUUACAACGGCACGCGUCCGUCUGAGAGUGUCCCUGCGGGAGCGCAGCUCGCGGAUGAUGAGCUGUUCGCCCGGCCGCCCGACCCGCGCUCUCCAAAGGGUUGGCUGGUGGACCUCAUCAAUAAGUUCGGGACGUUGAACGGGUUCCAGAUUCUGCACGAUCGCUUCAUGAGCGGCCAGGCUCUCAACGUGCAGAUCAUCGCAGCUCUCAUCAAACCCUUCGGCCAGUGCUACGAGUUCUUGACUUUGCACACGGUGAAGAAGUUUUUCUUACCCAUAAUCGAGAUGGUCCCACAGUUUCUGGAGAACCUCACAGACGAGGAGCUGAAGAAGGAGGCCAAGAACGAGGCCAAGAACGAUGCUCUGUCCAUGAUCAUAAAGUCCUUGAAGAACCUGGCGUCUAGAGUUCCUGGUCAGGAGGAAACCGUCAAGAACCUGGAAAUCUUCAGGUUAAAAAUGAUUCUUAGGCUGUUGCAGAUUUCUUCAUUUAAUGGGAAAAUGAAUGCGCUGAAUGAAGUCAACAAGGUGAUCUCGAGCGUGUCGUAUUACACGCACCGGCACGGAAACCCAGAGGAAGAGGAGUGGCUGACCGCUGAGCGAAUGGCUGAAUGGAUUCAGCAGAACAACAUUCUGUCCAUCGUUCUGAGAGACAGUCUUCACCAGCCGCAGUACGUGGAGAAGCUGGAGAAGAUCCUGCGCUUCGUCAUUAAAGAGAAAGCUCUGACCCUGCAGGACCUGGACAGCAUCUGGGCGGCUCAGGCUGGUAAACACGAAGCGAUCGUCAAGAACGUCCACGAUCUGUUGGCCAAGCUGGCGUGGGAUUUUUCCCCGGAGCAGCUCGAUCAUCUGUUCGACUGCUUCAAGGCCAGUUGGACGAACGCUGGUAAGAAGCAGCGGGAGAAGCUUCUGGAGUUGAUCCGCAGGCUGGCGGAGGACGAUAAGGACGGAGUGAUGGCUCACAAAGUGCUCAACCUGCUGUGGAACCUGGCACACAGCGACGACGUCCCCGUCGACAUCAUGGACCAGGCUUUGAGCGCCCACAUCAAGAUCCUGGACUACAGCUGCUCGCAGGACCGUGACGCGCAGAAGAUGCAGUGGAUCGACCGCUUCAUCGAGGAGCUCCGCACCAAUGAUAAGUGGGUGAUUCCAGCACUGAAGCAGAUCAGAGAGAUCUGCAGCUUGUUUGGAGAAGCUCCUCAGAACCUCAGUCAGACGCAGAGGAGUCCACACGUCUUCUACCGUCACGAUCUGAUCAACCAGCUGCAGCACAAUCACGCGCUGGUCACGCUGGUGGCAGAGAACCUGUCUGCGUACAUGGACUACAUGAGGCACUUCUCCAGAGAGCAUCCAGUGUUUGAUCCUCAGACGGUUCGAGCAGGAAGCCGGUACAGCCACGUACAGGAAGUGCAGGAGAGACUCAAUUUCCUGAGGUUUCUGCUGAAGGACGGCCAGCUGUGGCUUUGUGCUCCUCAGGCCAAGCAGAUCUGGAAGUGUCUGGCGGAGAACGCCGUCUUCCUGUGCGACCGCGAGGCCUGCUUUAAGUGGUACUCCAAGCUCAUGGGUGACGAGCCGGAUCUGGACCCCGACAUCAACAAGGACUUUUUUGAGAACAACGUGCUUCAGCUGGACCCCACGCUGCUCACGGAGAACGGCAUGAAGUGCUUCGAGCGCUUCUUCAAGGCUGUGAACUGCAGAGAGGGCAAGCUGGUGGCCAAACGCAGGGCCUACAUGAUGGACGACCUGGAGCUGAUCGGCCUCGACUACCUCUGGAGGGUCGUGAUUCAAGGCAGUGAUGACAUCGCCACUCGAGCGAUAGACCUGCUGAAAGAAAUAUACACCAACCUGGGACCGAAGCUGCAGGUGAAUCAGGUGGAGAUCCAUGAGGACUUCAUCCAGUCGUGCUUCGACCGGCUCAAGGCCUCGUAUGACACGCUGUGUGUGCUGGACGGAGACAAGGACAGCAUUAACUGCGCCAGACAGGAGGCCAUACGCAUGGUGCGCGUUCUGACGGUGCUCCGAGAGUACAUCACCGAGUGUGACAGCGACUACCACGAGGAGAGGACCAUCCUGCCCAUGUCCAGGGCGUUCCGGGGGAAGCACAUCACUCUGGUGGUGAGGUUUCCCAAUCAGGGCCGGCAGGUGGACGACCUGGACAUCUGGUCCCACACCAACGACACCAUCGGCUCGGUCCGCCGCUGCAUCCUCGCUCGCAUCAAAGCCAACAGCACACACACCAAAGUGGAGCUGUUCAUCGGAGGAGAGAUCGUGGACCCCGCUGAUGACCGCCGGCUGAUUGGACAGCUCAACCUCAAAGAUAAAACUCUCAUCACAGCGAAGCUCACGCAGGUCAGCUCCAACAUGCCCUCCAGCCCCGACAGCUCGUCCGACUCGUCCACCGGCUCGCCCCCCAACCACACAAACCACUACAGCGACGGGCCCAACCCCGAGGUGGAGAGCUGCCUGCCAGGAGUGAUCAUGUCGCUGCAUCUGCGCUACAUCUCCUUCCUGUGGCAGAUCGCUGAUCUGGGCUGCACCCUGAACAUGCCGUUACUGCGAGACGGAGCUCGAGUGCUCAUGAAGCUCAUGCCUCCAGAUAACACUACAGUGGAGAACCUGCGGGCGAUCUGUUUGGAUCACGCUAAGCUGGGAGAGAACAGUCUGAGCCCCUCUCUGGAUUCACGCUUCUUUGGCCCGUCCGCUUCUCAAGUGCUCUACCUCACGGAGGUGGUGUAUGCCCUGCUGAUGCCAGCCAGUGGGACGCUGGGAGACGACGCCAGUGACUUCCAGUACAACUUCCUGAAGAGCGGCGGUCUGCCUCUGGUUCUGGGCAUGCUCACGAGGAACAACUUCCUUCCCAAUGCGGACAUGGAGACGCGGCGCGGCGCUUACCUGAACGCCCUGAAGAUCGCCAAGCUCCUGCUCACUGCCAUCGGGUUCGGACACGUGAAGGCCGUGGCGGAGGCCUGCCAGCCGCUGGUGGAGGGAACCAACCCCGCGUCUCCAAUAAAUCAGGCGACCCAUGAGCAGGCUCUGGUGCUACAGAACGCUCUCCAGAGUAUUCCCAAUCCUGCCUCCGAGUGCAUGCUGCGCAACGUGUCCGUCCGGCUGGCCCAGCAGAUCUCUGACGAGAACUUCUUCCAGGCCUCAAAGUACAUCCCGGAUAUCUGUGUGAUCCGCGCCGUGCAGAAGAUCGUUUGGGCUUCCGGUUGUGGGAUGGUGCAUCUGGUGUUCAGCUCCAACGAAGAGAUCAGUCAGAUCUACCAGAAGACUAACGCAGGUAACGAGCCGGACGCUGAAGACGAGCAGGUGUGCUGUGAGGCGCUGGAGGUCAUGACCUUGUGUUUCGCUGUGCUCCCUACGGCCCUCGACACGCUCAGCAAAGAGAAAGUCUGGCAGACGUUCAUCAUCGACCUGCUGCUACACUGCCAGAGCAAAGCUGUGCGUCAGAUGGCACAGGAGCAGUUCUUCCUCAUGGCCACCAGGUGCUGUAUGGGACACAGACCCCUCCUGUUCUUCAUCACCCUCCUCUUCACGGUUCUGGGAAGUACGGCGAAGGAAAGAGCGAAGCACGCUGGUGAUUACUUCACGCUCUUACGCCACUUACUCAACUACGCCUUCAACAGCAACAUAAACCUCCCCAACGCCGAGGUGCUGCUCAACAACGAGAUCGACUGGCUCAAGAGGAUCCGGGAUGAGGUGAAGAGGACCGGAGAGACGGGUGUGGAAGAGACCAUUCUAGAGGGUCACCUGGGGGUCACCAAAGAGCUGCUGGCCUUUCAGACCCCGGAGAAAAAGUUCUACAUCGGCUGUGAGAAAGGAGGCGCUAAUCUGAUAAAGGAGCUGAUAGAUGACUUCAUCUUCCCGGCGUCUAACGUGUAUCUGCAGUUCGUGAAGAGCGGCGAGUUCCCGGCGGAGCAGGCCACACCGGUGUGCAGCAGUCCUGCGUCUGUAAACGCCGGCUUCGAGCUGCUGGUGGCGCUCUCUGUCGGCUGCGUGCGGAACCUCAAACAGAUCGUGGACACGCUCACAGACAUGUACUAUCUAGGUUGCGAGGCGCUUACAGAGUGGGAGUAUCUGCCUCCGGUGGGCCCCGGCCCGACCAAAGGCUUCGUGGGUCUGAAGAACGCAGGGGCCACGUGCUACAUGAACUCCGUGAUCCAGCAGCUCUACAUGAUCCCGCCCAUCCGCAACGGCAUCCUGGCCAUCGAAGGCACCGGCAGCGACAUCGACGACGACAUGUCCGGAGACGAAAAGCAGGACAACGAGGCCGAGGACCGUAAGGAGUACAACAUCGGAGUGCUGCGGCAUCUGCAGGUCAUCUUCGGUCACCUCGCCGCGUCCCGUCUGCAGUACUACGUGCCCAGAGGCUUCUGGAAACAGUUCAGGUUAUGGGGAGAACCGGUCAAUCUGAGAGAGCAGCACGACGCGCUGGAGUUCUUCAAUUCCCUGGUGGACAGUCUGGACGAAGCACUGAAAGCCCUCGGACAUCCCAGCAUGCUCAGCAGGAUCCUGGGCGGCUCGUUUGCAGACCAGAAGAUCUGUCAGGGUUGUCCUCACAGGUAUGAGUGUGAAGAGUCCUUCACAACACUGAAUGUUGACAUCAGGAACCACCAAAACCUCCUGGACUCUUUAGAACAGUACGUCAAAGGGGAUCUUCUGGAAGGAGCCAAUGCCUACCACUGUGAGAAGUGCAACAAAAAGGUGGACACAGUGAAGCGUCUCCUCAUCAGGAAGCUCCCGCCGGUGCUGGCCAUCCAGCUGAAGCGCUUCGACUACGACUGGGAGCGCGAGUGCGCCAUCAAGUUCAACGAUUACUUCGAGUUCCCUCGUGAGCUGGACAUGGAGCCCUACACGGUGGCAGGCGUGGCGAAGCUGGAGGGUGCCGAGGUUCUGCCGGAGAGCCAGGUCAUCGCCGAGAGCUCGCCGGAGGAGUCGGAUCCGAACGACAGCUCGCGCUACCGGCUCGUGGGUGUGCUGGUGCACUCGCGGCAGGCCAGCGGCGGACAUUAUUACUCGUAUGUCAUGCAGCGGCACGGGAACAGCAGCGACGGACAGAAGGACCGCUGGUACAAGUUUGACGACGGUGACGUGACGGAGUGUAAGAUGGAGGAUGACGAGGAGAUGAAGAACCAGUGCUUCGGUGGAGAGUACAUGGGCGAGGUGUUCGACCACAUGAUGAAGCGCAUGUCGUACCGGCGGCAGAAGCGCUGGUGGAACGCCUACAUCCUGUUCUACGAGCGCAUGGACGCAGCAGGGGGCGACGGAGAGCUGCUGAAGUACAUCUCCGAGCUGACGCUCGCGCCCCGGACGAACCAGCCUAAGAUGCCCUUGACCAUCGAGGCCAGCGUUCGCAAACAGAACGUGCAGUUCAUGCACAGCCGCAUGCAGUACAGCCUCGAGUACUUCCAGUUCGUGAAGAAACUGCUGACCUGCAACAGCGUCUACCUGAACCCUCCUCCAGGUCAAGAUCAUCUUUUACCAGAAGCUGAAGAAAUAGCGAUGAUUAGUAUACAGCUUGCUGCUAGAUUUCUGUUCAGCACCGGAUUCCACACAAAGAAAGUCGUCCGAGGCCCUGCUGGAGACUGGUAUGAUGCUCUGUGCAUUCUGUUGCGUCACAGCAAGAACGUCCGAAGCUGGUUUGCACACAACGUCCUGUUUGCCUUCCCCACACGCUUCUCCGAGUACCUGCUGGAGUGUCCGAGUGCGGAGGUGCGCGGAGCUUUUGCCAAACUGAUCGUGUUUAUCGCACACUUCUCCCUGCAGGACGGACCCUGCCCUGCUCCGGUCACCUCGCCCGGCUCGUCCACACAGGCCUGUGACAGUGUGACCCUGAGUGACCAUCUGUUGCGGUCAGUGCUGAACUUACUGAGAAGAGAAGUGUCCGAACACGGCCGUCACCUCCAGCAGUACUUCAACCUCUUCGUCAUGUACGCCAAUCUGGGUCUGGCAGAAAAGACGCAGCUGCUGAAGCUGAGCGUUCCUGCCACGUUCAUGCUGGUGGCGCUGGACGAGGGUCCCGGGCCUCCCAUCAAGUAUCAGUACGCCGAGCUCGGCAAACUCUACGCGGUGGUCUCGCAGCUGGUGCGCUGCUGCGACGUGACGCCACGCAUGCAGUCCUCUAUUAACGGUAACCCACCUCUGGCCAAUCCGUAUGGUGACCCCAGCCUCACGGCUCCCAUCAUGCCCCUGCAGCAGCUGGUGGCUGAAAUCCUGUUUGUGCGCACCAGCUACGUGAAGAAGAUCAUCGAGGACUGCAGCAGCUCUGAGGAGACGGUGAAGCUGCUGCGCUUCUGCUGCUGGGAGAACCCUCAGUUCUCCUCCACGGUCCUCAGCGAGCUGCUCUGGCAGGUGGCGUAUUCCUACACCUAUGAGCUGAGGCCGUACCUGGAUCUCCUGCUGCAGAUCCUCCUGAUCGAGGACUCGUGGCAGACGCACAGGAUUCACAAUGUUUUGAAGGGCAUUCCCGAUGACCGAGACGGGCUCUUUGACACCAUCCAGCGCUCCAAGAACCAUUAUCAGAAACGGGCCUAUCAGUGCAUUAAAUGCAUGGUGGCCCUCUUCUCCAACUGCUCUGUGGCUCAUCAGAUCCUGCAGAGUAAUGGGGAUCUGAAGAGGAAGUGGACGUGGGCGGUGGAGUGGCUGGGUGAUGAGCUGGAGAGGAGGCCCUACACUGGAAACCCUCAGUACAGCUACAACAACUGGUCUCCUCCGGUCCAGAGCAACGAGACGUCCAACGGAUACUUCCUGGAGCGCUCUCACAGCGCCCGCAUGACCCUGGCCAAGGCCUGCGAGCUCUGUCCUGAAGAGGAGCCAGAUGAUCAGGAAGCACCUGAUGAGCACGACUCGUCACCGCCGGAGGACACUGCGCUCUAUCCUCAUCCUCCAGCGACGCAGUUCCAGCAGCCUAAUAACCAGCCUCACGCUCAGCCCUACACCGGCCCAGCCGCCCAGCACAUGAACAACCCGCAGCGACCCCCGCAGAGGCCUCAAGAGAGCUGGGAGGGAACCGAUGAGGUCCCUCCAGUCCAGACUAAAGAGUAGCAGCCUUGUGACCACGUCCCGCUCGUUUCCAGGACCGCUGUGCCACAGUCUCCAGGAGCGGAGACGCUCCCCUCUCAUAACUUACUCGAUGCCACCCAAUUCCUGCAGCACUGACGCCUCUCUUCUCAUACUAGAUCUGCCUGAUGAUGAACCUGGAGCGGACGGGGGUGUCCACACUGCCUGGUACAGCUCUCGGACGGAUCAGGAAUGGUGAUGGUGUAUAUAGUGUGCAAAUAUCUAACCCUUUGGACCCUCUCCAGUUCCAUCAUCAUCAUCAUCAUCUAAAAGUACCACAGCAGCCGAAUGAAGGGAAACCCGAGGCUUCGUCGUCGUAUGUGAGGAUGAGUUUGCUGCGUCAGUACCGAAGCAGACAAACAUUACAUCUUCGUGACAUCAACUCUACUGAUUUAGAAGGCAUUGAAAUCUUUCUGCGCUUAUUUGUCUAGCUUUUCUUCACUCGUCAGGACGCCUUCGGUCUGUUAGGAGUGUGCUGUGAUCUUCUGUUAGGGUUUUUAACACCACUGCAGCUGGCGUCACUCGUCCACCCUCAUUAGCAGCCGGUGAGAUAGCGGCCGCAGAUUUACUCCACAGACUAAAGCCUCUCUGGCACUCGAGUCCAUGUUUCAUUUGUAUUGUCAGCGGGCUGGAAAGUGUAAUAACUUGUCUUGUUUUGCCACCAUUGAAUGGUAUUUCAGUUGCCCUAGUUCUGAGUCUGCCUCUUGGCUCCUCCCACUUCCUCCGUCCCUGUCCAAUGAAAAUGCAGGCACGGCCGCACUGCUCUGUAUCCGGGGAGAUCUGCGGGAGGUCAUCAGGAUGCAUUCAUCAGCUCUACUGGAUUUAUAAAGUGUGGCUCUUUUGUCUAAAUACCAAAAUCCCGGCGAGGGAAGUCGGAGCCCAGCAUAUUCUAUUUUGCUGUUUUCUUUGAUAGAGGUUUUGUUGAAUUUGAGAAGAAAGAGUUUGAGCGUUUGAAUGAAAAGUUCUUGUCCUUGUGUUGUUAUUUUUAAGAGGAUAUUCACUCUACAGAGAGCCCUGGUUUUGCCGACCGUUGCAUUCAGGAGCUGCUUUAGUCAUGUGAAGUUUUCACUUGAAGAAGUCUUUCUUUUCCUGUGCUGACGUGUAAUAACAGAAGCGCUGCACCACUGAAACAAUAAACAUUUACACGCUA